CACAGCAUUUUUGGCACGAGGGUUCAGCAAUCCUGUGUGAAUGCCCCUGCCUCACCUGGGUACUGCGUGGCCCAGUAAACACAAUUUACAAAGAAUUUCCCAGACACCUGGGGACAUCUCUCCUGAAGCCAUCUCUCCCAUAAGCCAGUUUCCUCCCGAGCCUGCAACCCUGUCCCACCAGCACGGUGGCUCACCCCAUGGGGGUAUGCUGGCCACAAGCUCCUCACGUGCCUGGUACAGACCCGGGCAUGUCAGUGAGCGGGGCUGGCUCGGCGGGUGCCCCUGGAGAGUCCCCCGGCCCAGCACACUUCUCACUCGCCCACACAGGUCUGCUGAUGGCUCCAUGUGGCUGCCUUUUUGACCCUCAAGUCUUCUGUACCCAGUGGACGGACACCAACCUGCCUCCACCAGCCACCUCCACACUGAGCCAUCGCGCUGGGUCUCUGCUGGGCACUGCCCUGCGGGGCCCCCUGGGCUGCGGGACACCCCCAGCCUGGGCAGUCCCUGGGACCCCCCAGGGCCAAGCACAACACUGUGCGCCCUUCAACCUCCAGGGGAGAGCUGUGGCCUCAGCCCCCUCAGUGCUGCUGCCGUGCCUUCCUCAGUACCAGGACAUGGAGAAGCAGUUGGCACAGCUCAGCCUCUCCGGCACGGCCACCCCCGUGGGGGCAGCCCUGGGCACCAACACCCUCCCAGGCACCAACACCUUCAGCCACGCUGCUGCCCACCACCACCAAGCCAUCGGGGGCCCAGCAGAUGAUCUUCUGCUGCUCCAGGAGAUGAUGCAGAACUGCUCCUUGGUCAGCCAGGAGGAGCCCAGCAGCAUCCCUGUGUAUGGGGACGAUGGUGACACCGGCAGAGCCAUCUACCGCUUCGUCAUCAGCUCGCUCUCACUGCCCGCGGAGAUGCUCAGCCCAGACCACAGCAUCCCUGAGACCACCACCAACAUCCCGAGCCCACAGCAAUUCAAGACCAUCGUGACAGCGGCUCAGGAUGUUGCGGGAUGUGGGGCCAGGCGUGCCACUGCCCCAGCCUGGCAGGCCAGGAAAGCUGGGGCAAAAGCGCAAAAGCGCCCUUCCAAGCCCAUCCGGGAAGCGCAGGGCUUGUGGGGUCAGCACUGGGGUGGGAUGGUAAAUUAAACCCACAGCAGGGA